GAUUUUCUUUGGGUGGAGUGCCAGCAUUCUUUUAUAUAAUCUAACAGCGACCCACUAAUGGAUCUAGCCAAAAAAAAAAAGAACAAAACAAACACUUACCCUCACUAACAAAGAUAUCACCAUGUAUGACGAAGAAGUGGUGAUAAUAGGGGCAGGGAUCAGCGGGCUAGCGACGGCCCUCGCCCUUCACAAGAAAGGGAUCAAAAGCGUAGUAAUGGAGAGAUCAAAAAGUCUAAGGAAUGAUGGAUCAGCUAUCGGAAUCCGGCCAAAUGGGUGGCGAGCCCUGGAUCAGCUUGGCGUCGCGGAUAUCCUUCGUCCCACUUCUAUCCCUUUACAAAGAGAAAGGGUCGUAUCGCUUGAUGGAGGGAAACAACAAGACAUCUCAUUGGUCCAACGGGUCAUCCACAACAAUUGCUCGGCACCAAGGGGACGAGAUUUUGUCUUUGGCAGAUUAGGGUUUGCCAUUCAGAAAGGGGUGGCGGCGCAGCUUGUUGCCCGUCUACCUUUUGUUUUGAUGUACCAUUGCAUUGGCGAAACACGUUGCUUGCUAAGGAAGGAUGUUAUAGACACUCUUUAUGCUGCACUUCCACCCACCACCGUUAAGUUCAGUUGCGAACUUGAAUCUAUAGAAUUAGAUCCACUUACUACUAAACCAGUUCUUAGGUUCAUAGAUGGAAGCACAAUUACUACAAAGGUUGUAAUUGGUUGUGACGGUGGCAAGUCGAUCGUUGCUAAUUUCCUUAAACUCAAGCCUACAAAGAUGUUCACGGCGUCCACAAUUAGAGGCUUAACCAACUACCCACAUGGUCAUCCCUUCGACCUCGAGUUUACAAAGUUUAAGAAAGAUGGCAUACUUGUGGGUAGAAUUCCGAUUGACAAUAACAUGGUUUACUGGUUCUGUUCGCAAGCAUCCAUUUCUAAAGAUGAAGAAAUUUGGAAAAAUCCCGAGGUAAUACGACAACACACCAUAGAGUUGCUAAGCAACUAUCCCCAAGAAUUUCAAGAAAUGGCUCAAAAUGCAGACAUGAACUCAUUGUCUUUUACACACUUAAGAUAUCGUCAUCCAUGGGAGCUGCUAACGGGGACAUUUUUUAGAGGAACAGUGACGGUUGUUGGCGAUGCUAUGCAUGUCAUGGGUCCCUUUUUGGGACAAGGUGGGUCUGCAGCUCUAGAAGACGCGGUUGUAUUAGCUAGAAAUAUGGCUCAACUAGGUUUAAACCAUGCUGAGAGCGGAAGUAAAGUCAUUGUCCAUAGAGUUGGGAAAGCAUUUGAUCAGUUUGUAAGACAAAGAAGGACCAGAGUAGUUCGACUAACACUGCAAGCUUACCUUAUUGGCAUGUUGGCUACUUCUUCGCGUCUAAAGAAGAUAAUAUGGAUCAUGUUAUUAAUUCUUCUAUUUCCAAACCAGAAUAGUCAUGUGGAUUAUGAUUGUGGUGAUCUUUGAUGUGUUCAAAGAUAUUUAUGCUUGUUUAAUUAAUAUUGCAAAGAUAUUAUAGUAUAGGUGCAAAGAUACAAAUGAAUAAUUAAGUUGUAUAAUAUGAUUACAAGUUUGGUGAGA